AUGAGUGAAUUAGUAGAUUAUGAAUCAUCGGAUAGUGAAAUUAAUUCAAAACAACUAAAUGACAUUAGUCAACAAGAAUCAAAUUUAUCUCUUGUCGAUUAUUUAUCGGAUUAUCAUUUAUCAGAUGAAGAGGAGAAAAAAAACGAAAUUGAUAAAAAUUGGGAGGAGAAUACUUCAAGUGAAACAGUACUGAAACGUAAAGAAAUUUACGUUUUGGAUAAAGAAAGUACAAUAGCGAGCAAGAAAAGAGGAUCGAUAUUAAAAGAAUUACCACGAAAGGAUUUACCACCGCUUCCUUCGGAUUUUUUACAACUGUAUCCAGGCAAAAAAGACUAUACUAAACAUAUUGAUGAUCCAUCAUUACAUCAAGGUCGAAUAAGAACUAGUCCGCAUGUUGAGGGUAAUUGGGCCACUCACGUUUAUUUAGAAGUCGUACUUACCGAGGAAAUGGAUCUUAUUAUAAAAAAAAUUAAGAAAUUAACACAAGAAGUUGUUAAUGAAGAUGGUGUUAAAAUUUUUUCAUGUAUUGAAAAACAUAAUGUCAAUGAUGACGUUGAUGAACUUGACGAUAACGAUUAUUUUGAAGAAACUAAAUUGCAUAUUAGCUUAUCGAGACCUUUACUUUUAAAAUAUCAUCAUAUUGAAAAUUUUUGGACAAAAAUAAAAAAAGGAUUUCUUAAUAGGAAAAGAUUUUCUCUGUCAUUUGCCAAUAUUGCUGGUUUUUCAAAUGAUGAUGAUACUAGAUCUUUUAUGGCUUUAGAAGUAGGCAAAGGUUCAAGUGAGUUGAAAUCGAUGGUUAAUAUUGUUAAUAAAGUGGCAAAAGAUUUUCAACAAAAACCGUUUUAUGAGAAUCCACGAUUUCAUGCGAGUAUUCUAUGGGCUCUUGGAGGAUCCAGUAUAGAUAGUUCUUUAUGUGAUGCAAUUAAAGAGACGGAAUUUUUUGAAUUAAUAUCGCAACACAUUUUUUUUAUCAAUUGUAUG